ACAGAGCGCCGACGCCGAGCGGCCUCCGCGAGUUUGUGUCGCCGGUCGUCGCCAUGACGACCGAGGAACGCAGGCCCGAGCCAGCGCGUCCGCAUAGCCACUCAGCCGGCGUCCUUGUGCAGCGCAGCUCGUCGACGACCAUUCGCGGAAUAUGCCGAGAUCGCCCGGAGGCAAGCGUGGGACCGGCGCGGCGCUGGCGGUGCUCGCACUGGCGACGGCGGCGGCGGCGGCGCUGUCGGACUCGCACUGCGGGAGCAGCCCCUGCAUGUACGGCAUCUGCGUGGACGUGGAGGAGGCGCUCAGCAGCUCCUACCGGUGCUACUGCAUCGACGGCUACACGGGGUCCAACUGCGAGACCAACUGGGACGAGUGCUGGUCGCAGCCCUGCCUGAACGGGGGUACCUGCCACGACGCCGUGGCGGCCUACAACUGCAGCUGCCCGGAGGGUUUCGUGGGUCUCAACUGCGAGCAGCGCUACAGCCAGUGCUCGAGCCAGCCGUGCCAGAACAACGCCACGUGCUCGGAGCGCGACCACGCGGGCGUCAGCUGCCAGUGCCUGGAGGGCUUCUCGGGCGAGUUCUGCCAGAUCGACGAGGCGGUGUGCAACGCCAGCGUGUGCCAGAACGCGGGCGAAUGCUCGGAGGGCCCGGGGCUGAGCUUCUCGUGCCGCUGCGCCGACGGCUGGCUGGGAGCUCGCUGCGAGCGGGACCUGGACGAGUGCAGCCUGGCGGCGCCCUGCCGCAACGGCGGCCUCUGCAUCAACUUGCCCGGCGACUAUCAAUGCGUCUGCUUGUUCGGCUUCACCGGCAAGGACUGCGACAAGCCGCUGCUGGCUUGCCGCGAAAGCCCCUGCCUGAACGGUGCCGUCUGCCUGCUCGAGGACGGCCGUCCGGUCUGCUACUGCGUGCCAGACUUCCACGGCCCGCUGUGCGAGCUGCGCUACGAUGACUGCCAGUCCAAGUCCGCGCACUGCCAGAACGGCGGCAGCUGCAUCGACGGCGUCGAUAGCUUCAGCUGCUCGUGCCCGCCGCCUUUUGUGGGCGACAACUGCGCCAGCGUGUCCGAGGAGCCGGCCGCCGAGGGCACGUCCGCUGCGGGCCUCCCACCCAGCGCCACCUCCGCGCCCCUCGGCCCGUCGUCCACGGAGCUGGCCGUAGAGAUCGGCGCCGGGGGCGAGCAGCCGCUCGAGACCACGAGCGGUCCGGCCCCCGACCGAGGUGCCACCGAGGCGCGCACGGAGCCCGAGCCGGCGACCGAGCCCGGGAUCGACGCGGGCCUGGACCCGGACCUUGACUCGAGCCCCGAGCCAGCCGGCGUGACCACGACCGGGGCCACCACGGUUGCGUCCGAGCCCGGCACCGAGUCGACCUCCGGGACGAGCGCGAGCGGCGAGCGGCCCGAGGACGCGGACGUCGCCGAGACCACGCUCUCCGCCGCCGCCAGCACGAGCGCUGCCGGCGUGGUGACGAUGCUGCCCUCGAGCAUCCCCGGCCCGGAGCCCGAGCCGGAGGCCAGUGCGCCGCCGAGCCUGCCGCCUCCGGAGGCGGCGUCCACGCCCGCCGACGAGGACUUCACCUCGCUGCCGGACUUCCACCGAAGCACCUUCGGCAGCGAGCUCGACGCGAGCAGCACGCCACCGAGCGGCGGCACCGAGCGGCCGGGCGCGGGCCCCGGCCCCGGGCCCGCCUGCGACGUCGAGCGUUGCGCCAACGCGUCGCGCUGCCCGCAGGACGCCGCGCAGUGCGACUGCGGCCGCCCGGACGACUGCGCGCCGCGCGCCGGCCUGACCAGCGCCGCGUUCAACGGCAAGUCGUACGCCAGGCAGAGGUUCGACAUCGAGUCCGGCGAGUUGAGCGUGCGGCUGCGGCUGCGCAGCCGCGCCAGCAGCGGCAUCCUCCUGCACGCGCUGUUCGACGACGAGCGCUACGCGCUGCUCUACCUGGAGGCCGGCCAGCUCAAGUUCCAGUUCUCCUGCGGCCUGCAAACGAUGCUGUUCGGCGAGCUGGACUCGCCGCUGGGCGACGCCCGCGAGGCGGACCUCGAGAUGCGGUUCCGCUACAUCGCCGAGCGGGCAUCGGACCGCUGUUCGGCGCGGCUGCUGGUCAACGGCUCCGAGGCCAUGAGCGGCGAGCAGCUGUUGCACAGCCACGGCAGCGCGCCGCGCCUGGCCAGGCUGCACGUAGGCGGCAUCCCGCUGGCCUUCUCGCGGCAGUUCCCGCCGGUCGUGCUGGGCUUCGUCGGCUGCAUGAGCCUGCUCGAGGUCAACGGGCUCGCGCGCGACUUCGCGCGCGACUCCGUGGAGGUCGUUCAGUUGGAGGAGUGCCACUCGUUCUUGUGCCUGCCCAAUCCCUGUCGCAACUUCGGGGCCUGCCGGCAGCUGGCCGACGGCGCCGGCGUCGAGUGCAGCUGCAUCGCCGGCUACAGCGGCGAGUUCUGCGAGCGCUCGGUCUGCGACGAGGAGCCGUGCCAGCUGGGUGCCACCUGCCUCAUGAGUCCCGGCGUCAGCUUCCUGUGCGUGUGCCCGCUCGGCGCCCACGGCCUGUUCUGCGAAAGAGACGCCAGCAUCGCGCAGCCGUCCUUCUCGGUGCCGGCGCCCGGCUUCUCGUCCUACAUGGCUUACGGGCUGAGCGGCUCGCCGCGGGACGGCCUGGAGCUGGCCAUGCGCAUCGCGCCGCGCAACCCCGAGCAGAUUUCGCUGCUGGCCUACAUGGGCCAGAGUGGCCCGCGGCGCGACAGCCCCGACCACCUGGCGCUCACCUACGUGCGCGGCUACCUCAUGCUCACCUGGGACCUGGGCUCGGGGGUGCGCAGGAUCUUCACCGCCAGCCCGAUCAGCGUGCGCGCGCGCAGGGAUCACGCGUUGCGGGUCGGUCGCCGGGGCAGGGACGCCUGGCUGUACGUCGAGGGCGUGGGCAACGUGAGCGCUCGGGCGGCCGGCUCCAACACGCGCCUCGACGUCUCGCCCAUUCUCUACAUUGGGGGACACAAGGCCAAGUACUUCGACUCGCUACCGCACGACCUGCCUCUGCACAGUGGUUUCUCCGGCUGCAUAUACGACCUCGAGUUACGCACGGACGACAGCUUCCCCCCGCUUACGACGGCCAGCCCCGCCACUGGCCGCGGGGUUGGCGAGUGCCAUCGGAACGAAUGCUCGCAUCAUUCGUGCAAGAACGGCGCGGUUUGUCUCAAUUAUGGACCCACCUACAGCUGCAUUUGCAUGAAGGAUUGGCAAGGUCCCGACUGUGCAGAUCGGGUCAACUGCACCUCGUCAAACUCUUGCCAUUAACGAGUGGACAGCAACAUUUUCGUGUCUGUCACCUUCAUGUGGCAUUGGUCAUUUUCGU